CACAGACCCAAGGGUUUAAUGGCUGGUGGCUAUCGUGGGGAACUUGCUGUUGGGACUGCGCCUCAGUGCCAAGAAAGGGCGCCGGAAGCUUCUCCAACAAGGUCCCGUUUUCUUAGGGCGGUGACGGCGUGCACGGGUCAAAAAAGGGCGGUGGGAGAAGCCAGGGCUGCUUUGAACUAUGCUAGUGAACUGUAGAUCCAUCUGUGAAGAGGCCCAGCUUCUCGGGACUGCGUUUCGGGCCUGUAUCGGGAGUCCUACAUGCGACAGACCGAAAACUACAUUUCCCAGCAUCCUUGCGCUACUACACCUAUCUUUCCCGGAAGCCCAAGCGCGGCUAUCCAGGCUUCCGCUUCCUGUCUUCAACCGGAAAACACGCUGGCCCAUAUUGGAGAGGACACUGUUCCUGCCUUUGCUGUCCAGAGACUUCUUAACCACCAUAACCAAGGAAGGAUAUGAUAUGAGGCGAGUGGACAUAACUCCUUUAGAGCAAAGGAAAUUAACUUUUGAUACCCACGCAUUGGUUCAGGACUUGGAAACUCAUGGAUUUGACAAAACACAAGCAGAAACUAUUGUAUCAGCAUUAUCCACUUUUUCAAAUGUCAGCCUGGAUACUAUCUAUAAGGAGAUGGUCACUCAAGCGCAACAGGAAAUAACAGUACAGCAGCUAAUGGCUCAUUUGGACUCCAUCAGAAAAGACAUGGUCAUCCUGGAGAAAAGUGAAUUUGCAAAUCUGAGAGCAGAGAAUGAGAAAAUGAAAAUUGAAUUAGACCAAGUUAAACAUCAACUGAUGCAUGAAACCAGUCGAAUUAGAGCAGAUAAUAAAUUGGAUAUCAACCUAGAAAGGAGCAGAGUAACAGAUAUGUUUACAGAUCAAGAAAAGAAACUUAUGGAAACAACCACAGAAUUUACCAAAAAGGAUACCCAAACCAAAAAUGUUAUUUCAGAAACCAGUCAUAAAAUUGACACUGAAAUUGCUUCCUUAAAAACUCUGAUGGAGUCUAACAGACUUGAGACAAUUCGUUAUCUUGCAGCCUCAGUGUUUACUUGCCUGGCAAUAGCAUUGGGAUUUUAUAGAUUCUGGAAAUAACCCUGAAACUACUGUAUUAUACUCCUACUGAUGCUGACUUUUUACGCUACACCAGAAUAGAAACACUGUCAACUGCAGAAGCACAUUAUGGACUAAAAAGAAGUGUUUUACAAUGAGAAGAUCUGUUUGUCUUUAUUUUGUGGUGUUAAAACCUGAUUCAUCUCAUCUGAGGUAGGAGGAUAUUUUCUCCUUAAUUUAUACAAACUUAACAGUUUUCUGUUUGCUUCAAUAGUGUAAAGUAUAUAGGGUUUCUUUAUCAGUUACAAAUUGAAAAUUACUCCCAAAGCUAACAUUGUUAUUGUAUUCAACUUUCCUGAUAACUGUUGCAUGAUUACAUUUUCAUACAAAAUAAAAGAUUAUUAUAAAAAAGUA